AUGAAAAUGGUGAAACUUAAGCCGCUCUUUUUUCGUCUUGGAAAUGACUUCCCGCCGACGCCGCCCCUGACGACGCCUGACGAGGGCGACGAGCCAGCGGCGGCGGACGGCGUCCUGAGCGCCCUCUCCGCGCAGGGAGGCAAGCCAGAGAUCAUCCUGCCCGUCGUCAGUCCCGCCUGUCGGCUGGCGCAGAGUGCCACGAAGGGCAGCGCGGCGCUGGCAGGCCUGCGGCGGCGGCAGGAGGUGGAGCGCGCCGCGCGGGAGGCGACGGACACAAGCCGGUCCGACCUCGCGCGCCUCCUGCGGAAGGGGGAGGCGGGGCAGCAGCAACUGGGCGCCGGUGGCUGCCCGUCGAAGGCGGCGCUGGCGGCGGAGGAAGUGACGGAGGAUGAGACGGAGACGCUGCGGCGGAAGGUCCACAAGGAGACGGCGAGGCUGGAGCGCAUGAUGGAAACCCCCGUUNUACGUGUUGUAAUAUGUCCAAUGUUAGGUAGUUUGAUUUUCUUU